AUGGAUGGCCAGGCCGCGCCGGGCCGCGGGCCGCGGGCCAGAGGCACUGAGGAGGCGCCCGCAGGAGCUCCGAUGAGAAUGCACCUCCCCUGCCCUGGAAUGGGCAUGGAGCGGCCGGCGGCCGGGGAGCUGCAGGGCGCCGAGGCGCUGCGGCGCUUCCAGGGGCUGCUGCUCGACCGCCGCGGCCGACUGCACGGCCAGCUGCUGCGCCUGCGCGAGGCGGCCCGGCGCCUGCAGCGCCUGCGCAGACGCUCCCAGGCGGCCCGCGUGGCCGGCAGCGCGCUGAGCGCCGCGGGCGCCGUCACCGCGCUCGUGGGGCUGUCGCUCAGCCCGCUCACCCUGGGCGCCUCGCUGCUGGCGUCGGCCGUGGGGCUCGGGGUGGCCACGGCCGGGGGGGCCGUCACCGUCACGUCCGACCUCUCCCUGAUCGUCCGCCACGCCCGGGAGGUGCGCCGCGUGCAGGAGAUCGCGGCCGCCUGCCAGGACCAGAUGCGCGAGCUGCUGAGCUGCCUCGAGUUCUUCUGCCGCUGGCAGGGCCGCGGCGACCGCCGGCUGCUGCAGAGCGGCAGGAGCGCCUCCAUGGCCCUGUACAACGCCGUCUACUUCAUGGUCUUCUUCGGCUCCCGCGGCUUCCUCGUCCCCCGUCGGGCCGAGGGCGCCGCCAAGGUGAGCCAGGCCGUGCUCAAGGCCAAGGUGCAGAAGCUGGCCGAGAGCCUCGAGGCCUGCACGGGGGCCCUGGACGAACUCAGCGAGCAGCUGGAGGCCACCGUCUGGCUGCGCACCAAGGCCAGACGACGGGACCGCGACCUCAGGAUCGCUGCGGACCAGCCCUCGGCGCUGUGGUUCAGAGAACAUCCUUUCUCCUAA